GGCACUCGCUCCGCUCGCGCUCCUGGUGCUGCUCCUGCCCCUCUCCGUCUCCGUCUCCGCCUCCGCCCUGGCGGCGCGACCACGUCCCGGGCGCGGCCCCCGGCGGCCGAGUGCCGCUGGUCCCGCGGCCGCGGUGCAGCCCGGGCCCGGCGCGAUGGGAGCCGCCGCCGGCCGGAGCGCCCACCUGGGGCCCGCGCUCGCCGGCCGCCCGCCGCGCUCCCUGCUCCUGCUGCAGCUGCUGCUGCUCGUCUGGGCCCCGGGGGCCGCGCGGGCCCAGGGCUCCGAGUUCCCCGAGCUGUGCAGUUACACGUGGGAAGCUGUUGAUACCAAGAAUAACGUGCUUUAUAAAAUCAGCAUCUGUGGAAAUGUGGGUAUCACCGAGUGUGGGCCGUCGAGUGCUGUUUGUAUGCACGACUUGAAGAAAAACAGCUAUCAUUCCGUGGGUGACUCUGGUUUGAAAAACGCAACCAGAUCUCUUCUGGAAUUCAACACAAUGGCGAGCUGUGAGCCGAAAAGCACGAAUCACCACUUCCAGAGUAGCAUCACCUUCCUAUGUGGGAAGACCUUGGGAACUCCUGAAUUUGUAACUGCAGCAGACUGUGUGCAUUACUUCGAGUGGAGGACUACUGCAGCCUGCAAGAAAGACAUCUUUAAAGCUAAUAAAGAGGUGCCAUGCUACGCAUUUGAUGAAGAGUUGAAGAAGCAUGAUUUAAACCCACUGAUCAAGAUAAGCGGCGGUUACUUGGUGGAUGACUCUGACCCCGACACUUCUCUCUUCAUCAACGUUUGUAGAGACAUAGACUCGCUACGGGACUCAAAUCUGCAGCUGCGUGCCUGCCCCACCGGCGCCGCCGCCUGCCUGGUGAGAGGCGACCAGGCGUUCGAUGUUGGCCAGCCCAAGGAGGGCCUGAAGCUCGUGAGCAAGGACAGGCUUGUUCUGAGUUAUGUGAAAGAAGAGGCAGCCAAGCCAGACUUCUGUGACGGUCACAGCCCGGCGGUGACGAUCACAUUUGUCUGCCCGUCGGAGCGCAGAGAGGGCACCAUUCCCAAGCUCACAGCUAAAUCCAACUGCCGCUACGAAGUCGAGUGGAUCACUGAGUAUGCCUGCCACAGAGAUUAUCUGGAAAGUAGAAACUGCGCUCUGAGCAACGAGCAGCAUGACAUCGCCAUUGACCUCCAGCCGCUCAGCCUGGGCCCAGCUGCAUAUACUUCAGAUGGACAGGAAUAUACUUUUUAUUUGAGUAUCUGUGGAGAAGCUGAAGUGCAGGUCUGUAAUAAGAAAGGAGCUACAGUUUGCCAAGAGAAAAAGUCCGGCUCCCCUCAAGUUAAAGUGGCAGGAAGAUACCAGAAUCAAACCCUCCGAUACUCCGACGGAGACCUCACCUUGAUAUAUUUUGGAGGCGAUGAAUGCAGCUCCGGCUUUCAACGGAUGAGCGUCAUCAACUUUGAGUGCAAUAAAACCGCAGGUAACGAUGGGAAAGGAGCUCCUGUCUUCACGGGGGAGGCUGAUUGCACCUACUUCUUCACGUGGGACACGAAGUAUGCCUGUGUGAAGGAGAAGGAGGACCUCCUGUGCAGCGUCAGCGACGGGAAGAAGCGGUACGACCUGUCUGCCCUGGCUCGGCACUCAGAACCGGAACAGAAUUGGGAAGCCGUGGAUGGCAGCCAGAGGGAAACAGAAAAGAGGCAUUUCUUCAUUAAUAUCUGCCACAGAGUGCUGCAGGAAGGCAAGGCGAGAGGCUGUCCUGAAGACGCAGCCGUGUGCUCUGUGGAUAAGAGUGGAAGUAAAAAUCUGGGCAAAUUCGUUUCUUCUCCCACAAAAGAGAAAGGAAACAUUCAGCUCUCUUAUUCAGAUGGUGAUGUUUGUGGUCCUGACAAGAAAAUAAAAACUAACAUCACACUUGUGUGCAAGCCAGGUGAUCUAGAAAGUCCUCCGGUGUUGCGAACCUCUGGGGAUAACGGUUGUUUCUACGAGUUUGAGUGGCACACGGCCGCUGCCUGCGUGCUGUCUAGGACGGAGGGUGACAACUGCACAGUCUUUGAUUCCCAGGCAGGGUUUUCUUUUGAUUUGUCACCUCUCACAAAGAAAAAUGGCAGCUAUAAAGUUGAGACAGAGAAGUAUGACUUUUACAUCAAUGUUUGUGGUGCAGUCUCUGGGCCCUCCUGUCAGCCAGAUGCAGGAUCCUGUCAGGUGGCAAAAAGUGAUAAGAAGUCCUGGAACUUGGGACUGAGUAAUGCUAAGCUUUCAUAUUACGAUGGGAUGAUCCAGUUGAACUACAGAGACGGUACGCCCUAUAAUAAUGAAAAGCACACACCCAGGGCUACACUGAUCACCUUUCUGUGUGACCGAGAUGCUGGAGUGGGUGUCCCCGAGUAUCAGGAAGAAGAUAACUCUACCUACAACUUCCGGUGGUACACCAGGUACGCCUGCCCGGAGGAGCCUCUGGAGUGCGUGGUGACCGACCCCUCCACGCUGGAGCAGUACGAUCUGUCCAGGCUAGCAAAAUCGGAAGGUGGUCUUGGAGGGAACUGGUAUGCCCUGGACAACGCAGGAGACCGAAGCACGUGGAGGAAAUAUUAUAUAAACGUGUGUCGGCCUCUGAACCCUGUGCCGGGCUGUGAUCGAUACGCAUCGGCUUGCCAGAUGAAAUAUGACAACCGUGAAGGGUCAUUUUCUGAGAUUGUCUCCAUCAGUAACUUGGGAGUCGCCAAGACGGGCCCCACGGUGGAGGACAGCGGCAGCCUCCUGUUAGAGUACGUGGACGGCUCAGCCUGCACCACCAGCGAUGGGAGACAGACCAACUACACCACCAGGAUCCAUCUCGUCUGUUCCAGGGGCAGCCUGAGUACCCAUCCCAUAUUCUCUCUCAGUUGGGAGUGUGUGGUCACUAUCCUGUGGAAUACAGAGGCUGCCUGUCCCAUCCAGAUAAUGACAGACUCAGACCAGGCCUGCUCCAUCAGGGAUCCUAACAGUGGGUUUGUGUUUGAUCUUAACCCCCUGAACAAGUCCCAAGGAUACAUGGUCUCAGGCGUUGGGAAGACUUUUGUGUUUAACGUGUGUGGCACGAUGCCAGUCUGUGGGACCUUAGAUGGAAAACCGGCUUCUGGCUGUGAAGCAGAAACCCAGACAGAAGAGCCCGAGAAUGUGAAGCCAGAAAGGCUGGUUGGAUUGGAGAAAAGCCUCCAGCUGUCCACCGAGGGCUUUAUAACUCUGACCUACAAAGGGCCUCCUACCUCUGCCAAAGGGACUGCUGAUGCUUUCAUCAUCCGCUUCGUUUGCAAUGAUGACCUUUACCCAGGAACCCCCAAAUUCCUGCAUCAAGACAUUGACUCUGGCCUGAAGCUCCGAAACACUUACUUUGAGUUUGAAACUGCGUUGGCCUGCGUACCUUCUCCAGUGGAUUGCCAAGUCACGGACCUCGCUGGAAAUGAGUAUGAUCUGAGUGGCUUAAGCAAAGUCAAGAAGCCUUGGACUGCUGUCGACACCUUGGCUGAUGGAAAAAAAAGAACUUUCUAUCUGAGUGUCUGCAAUCCUCUCCCUUAUAUUCCUGGGUGCCGUGGCAGUGCAGUGGGAUCUUGCCUGGUGUCAGAAGAUAACAACUUUAACCUGGGCGUGGUGCAGAUCAGUCCUCAAGUUGCAGCUAACGGGUCCCUGAGCAUUGUCUAUGUCAAUGGUGACAAGUGUGGAAACCAGCGCUUCUCCACCAGGAUAACACUUGAGUGUGCUCAGAUAUCAGGAUCACCAACAUUCCAGCUUCAGGAUAAUUGUGAAUACGUGUUUGUCUGGAGAACGGUGGAAGCCUGUCCCAUCGUCAGAGUGGAAGGAGACAACUGUGAGGUGAAGGACCCAAGGCAUGGCCACUUAUACGACCUGAAGCCUCUUGCCCUGAAUGACACCAUCGUGAGUGCCGGCGAAUACACUUAUUAUUUCCGGGUCUGUGGAAGGCUGUCCUCAGGUAUCUGCUCAACCAGCGACAGGUCCAAGGUGAUCUCAUCGUGUCAGGAAAAGCGGGGAUCCCAGGGAUUUCAGAAAGUGGCAGGUCUCCUUACUCAGAAGGUGACUUAUGAGAAUGGGCUGUUGAAAAUGAACUACACUGGGGGGGACACCUGCCAUAAGGUGUACCAGCGCUCCACAACCAUCUUCUUCUCCUGUGACCGCAGCACGCAGAAGCCAGUAUUUCUCAGGGAGACUUCGGAUUGCUCCUACUUGUUCGAGUGGCGAACCCAGUAUGCCUGCCCACCUUUUGACCUGACCGAAUGUUCAUUCAAAGAUGGGGCUGGCAACAACUUUGACCUCUCAUCCCUGUCGAGGUACAGUGACAACUGGGAAGCGGUCACGAGGACAGGGGCCACUGAGCACUACCUCAUCAACGUUUGCAAGUCUCUGUCUCCACAGCCUGGCUCGGAGCCGUGCCCUCUGGAAGCAGCCGCGUGUCUGCUGAGUGGCUCCAAGCGCGUGAACCUUGGCAGGGUGAGGGAUGGUCCCCAGUGGAGAGAUGGUGCAACUGUCCUGAAGUACGUCGAUGGUGACAUGUGUCCAGACCAGAUCCGGAAAAAGUCCACCACCAUCCGAUUCACCUGCAGUGAGAGCCAAGUUAACUCCAGGCCCAUGUUCAUCAGUGCCGUGGAGGACUGCGAGUACACCUUCUCCUGGCCCACCACAGCCGCCUGUCCCGUGAGGAGGAAUGUGCACGACAACUGCCAAGUCACCAACCCUGCCACAGGACACCUGUUUGAUCUGAGCUCUUUAAGUGGCAGAGCUGGCCACACUGCAGCCUACAGUGAGAAGGGACUCGUCUUCAUCAGCAUCUGUGGGGAGAAUGAAAACUGCUCCCCUGGCGUGGGGGCCUGCUUUGGGCAGACCAGGAUCAGUGUGGGCAAGGCAAACAAGAGGCUGACCUACGUGGAUCAGGUCUUGCAGCUGGAGUAUGAGGACGGAUCCCCUUGUCCUUCCAAAUCCGGCCUGACCUACAAGAGUGUGAUCAGCUUUGUGUGUAGGCCUGAGGCCAGGCCCACCAACAGGCCCAUGCUCAUCUCCCUCGACAAGCAGACGUGCACGCUCUUCUUCUCCUGGCACACGCCUCUGGCCUGCGAGCAGGUGACGGAAUGUUCCGUAAGAAACGGAAGCUCCAUUAUUGACUUGUCUCCCCUCAUCCACCGCACUGGGGGUUACGAAGCAUAUGAUGAGAGCGAGGAUGACGACUCUGACACCAACCCCGACUUCUACAUCAAUAUCUGCCAGCCACUAAAUCCUAUGCACGGGGUGCCUUGUCCUGCCGGAGCCGCUGUGUGCAAAGUUCCCGUCGAUGGUGCCCCUAUAGAUAUUGGCCGAGUCGCAGGACCUCCAAUCCUCAAUCCCAUAGCCAAUGAAGUUUACUUGAAUUUUGAAAGUAGUACUCCUUGCUUAGCAGACAGGCAUUUCAACUACACAUCGCUGAUCGCAUUUCACUGUAAGAGAGGUGUGAGCAUGGGAACCCCUAAGCUACUGAGGACCAGCGAAUGUGACUUUGUGUUCGAGUGGGAGACCCCGCUUGUCUGUCCUGAUGAAGUGAGAACAGAGGGCUGCUCCCUGACGGAUGAACAGCUGUACUACAGCUUCAACUUGUCCAGCCUUUCCAAGAGCACCUUCAAGGUGACUCGAGACUCGCGCACUUACAGUGUGGGGGUGUGCACCGCCGCGGCAGGCCUGGACCAAGGAGGCUGUAAGGACGGAGGUGUCUGUCUGCUGUCCGGGAGCAAGGGGGCAUCUUUUGGACGGCUGGCAUCGAUGACACUGGACUACAGGCACCAGGACGAAGCUGUCAUUUUAAGUUACGCCAACGGAGAUAAUUGCCCUCCAGAAACUGAUGAAGGUGAACCCUGUGUGUUCCCCUUCAUAUUCAAUGGGAAGAGCUAUGAGGAUUGUGUCGUGGAGAGCAGGGCGAAGCUGUGGUGCUCUACAACUGCAAACUACGACAGAGACCACGAGUGGGGAUUUUGUACAUACCCAAACGCCGCCCGGACGUCUACCAUCAUCUUUAAGUGCGACGAAGAUGCUGACAUCGGGAGACCACAGGUCUUGAGUGAAGUUCGUGGGUGUGAGGUGACAUUUGAGUGGAAAACAAAAGUCGUCUGCCCUCCGAAGAAGAUGGAGUGCAAGUUCAUCCAGAAGCACAAGACCUAUGACCUCCGGCUGCUCUCCUCCCUCACCGGGUCCUGGUUCUUUGUCCAGGAAGGAGCCUCGUACUAUAUCAACCUGUGUCAGAAAAUAUACAAGGGGCCCCUCCACUGCUCUGACAGAGCCAGCGUUUGUAGAAGGAGCGCAUCUGGCGAGGUCCAGGUCUUGGGGCUUGUCCACACGCAGAGGCUGGAUGUCUCAGGUGAUAGAGUCAUUGUAACUUACUCAAAAGGUUAUCGGUGUGGUGAGAAUAAGACUGCGUCUGCCGUCAUAGAGUUGACCUGUGCGAAGACGGUGGGCAGACCUGCGUUUGAGAGGUUUGACAUCGACAGCUGCACCUACCACUUCAGCUGGGACUCACGGGCGGCGUGUGCUGUGAGGCCUCAGGAGGUGCAGGUGGUGAACGGGACCAUCACCAACCCUGUAACCGGCAAGAACUUCAGCCUCGGGGAUAUUUAUUUUAAGCUCUUCAGUGCCUCUGGGGACAUGAGAACGAACGGGGACAAGUACCUGUAUGAAAUCCAGCUCUCCUCCAUCACAAGCUCCACAAACCCUGCGUGCUCCGGGGCCAACAUAUGCCAGGUUAAACCGAAUGACCAGCACUUCAGUAGGAAAGUCGGGACUUCUGAUAAAACCAAAUACUACGUUCAAGAUGGCGAUCUAGAUGUGGUGUUUGCCUCGUCCUCUAAGUGUGGAAAAGAUAAGACAAAGUCUGUCUCUUCUACCAUCUUCUUCCACUGUGAUCCUUUGGUGAAGGAGGGCAUCCCUGAAUUCAGUCACGAGACUGCUGACUGCCAGUACCUCUUCUCCUGGUACACCUCUGCCGUGUGUCCUCUGAGGGUGGGCUUCGACAGCGAGAGUGCCGAAGGGGAGAAGCCAGAGCACAAGGGGCUCUCGGAGAGAAGCCAGGCCGUCGGGGCGGUCCUCAGCCUGCUGCUGGUGGCGCUCACUGCCUGUCUGCUGACCCUGCUGCUCUAUAAAAAGGAGCGACGGGAGACAGUGAUGAGCAAGCUCACCAAUUGCUGUAGGAGAGGAGCCGACGUGUCCUACAAGUACUCAAAGGUAAACAAGGAGGAGGAGGUGGAUGAGCAUGAAACAGAGUGGCUGAUGGAAGAGGUCCAGUUGCCGACCCCAAGGCCCGGGAAGGAAGGGCAGGAGAACGGCCAUAUUACCACCAAGUCCGUGAAAGCCGAAGCCCUCACGUCCCUGCACGGGGACGACCAGGACAGCGAGGAUGAGGUCCUGACCAUCCCGGAGGUGAAGGUCCACUCGAGCAGAGGGACUGGGGCAGAGAGCGCACAGCAGAUGAGAAGCCCACCGAGGAAGGCGCUCUGGGAGAGAGCGGACGACAGGGUGGGGCUGGUGAGCGGGGAGAAGGCCAGGCGGGGGAAGCCCAAGAAUGCACAGCAAAAGGCCGUGAACUCUGGCAACCUGGCGUCCUUCCACGACGACAGUGACGAGGACCUCUUACACGUCUAACUCCCAGUGCCUACAGGGGUACGUGGGUCUGCACAGCCAGGCACCUCCAACCAAAUAAGACUUCAGCUCAAUGAUGCUUCUAUCAUUUUUGCCUUUAACAAAAACUGUUUCAAAAGGGAGAGCUUUUGUGAGGGGGAGAGGGUGAGGAGGUCAGGUGCGCUCGUCCGUGAUCGUUUAUAUCAUUGGGAUGAGGCAUCACUCCAGUGGCCAAAGGCCAUGCCUGGGCCCCGGCUAUUGUCCCAAGUCCUCAUUUAAAAGCACGGCUACCGAGCGCUUCAUAACAUGUGCCCGGGCCAGACGCAUCUCCGAACAGAGGGCUGUAUUUGAAAGACACCCUUGCUGCUUUAGGCCCUGUAGGGUAUUUGACCAUUAUAUUUUAGCAUUUAAUUCUCUCCUCCUAUUUAUUGACUUUGACAAUUACUCAGGUUUGCGAAAAAGGAAAAAAACAAAACCCAGCAGUUUUCUUCCUGCCGGCGGGGGGUAAUGUACUGGUUCAUCCAUUGUCAGAAGGGGAAGCUGUCGGCGUCGGAUGGUUUCACAUGAGAUCUUGAACUGGUCAAUAAUGUAGCCUCUGAGUUAGAAUGCUCCAUUCUCUUUCCCUCUCUGCUUCCUGUUUCUUAAGGGAACACGCAUGUGCACGCACACACACGUGCAGGGUCCCUGAGUGCCUAGACGUGGAGGGUUCACCUGUUCUAUGCCUUUAGUCAGUAAUUGCUGCAGUUUCUUGCAUGCCAUCUUCCAUCCUAGGUGCACAGAGCACACUUAUCAGUAUUUCUUUCGCCAGCUGGUGAAUUCAGCCAACUCACCCAAAGAUUGAUUUUUGUGUGUGUGUAUGAGAAUGGAGUUGAGAUGUCAGAGAAGAUAGCUUUUCUCCAGUUUCGGGAUAUAGGUCUCCCCUCUUCAGGUUCUCAUGAUACCACCUUUACUGUGCUUAUUUUUUUAAGAAAAAAAGUGUUUAUCAACCAUUUGACCUAUAAGAAGCCUUAAUUUGCACAGUGCGUGACUCACGGAAAUUGCGUGAAAGUUGAUGGGCCAGAAUCUCGCCCCUAACGUUGCACUUGGAUUCCGGCUCUGGGAGGUGCCGAGGUCGGCCUCUCAGUGCUGCAGGCCGGAGGGCAGCACUGCUGGCCCUCCCUGCCUCUUGGCUCCUUUCUUGAAGUGUUUGAUGAAUGACUUUUCUCACGUUAUGGAAUUGUACAUAGACUCAGUGGUAUUCAUAUACUGAAAAGCGAACCGCUCUACAGAAUUCCUUGGUUUGUACUCAGUUUGGCUGGCUUAUUUGAUUUCCACAUGAGUGUAUUUUUAAAAAUUGAUUUCUUUCCUCAUUUUUUCCAAUCAAAUUUACUGUAAUAUAAAGUAUUCAACAAUUUCAAUAAAAGAUAAAUUAUUAACUGGG